GUGUGUUUUUCCAUAAGGAAAUUAAAGUUUAUCCAAAGCCAUGCCUGCCUUCGCCAACGCCACCACGCUCUUCUCCUCUCGCAUUCCCACUCCCCACAGAUGCCACCGCCACCCCUUCCCCAUCAUCUCCGCCUCCCUUUCCAUCCAGCGCCGCCACAUCGCGACCGCCCUCGCACUGGUGGUCGGGCUGCAGGCUGCAGCACCUCCCGCGCUGGCCCAAACCUGGGGCACCCACUCGUUCAUUAAGGAGCGAUACUUCCAGCCGGGGCUGUCGGGGGAGGAGGCAGUAGCAAGGAUAAGGCAGACGGCGGAGGGACUCCACAGCAUCCGCGACAUGCUAGAGACCAUGUCGUGGAGGUAUGUCAUCUUCUACAUUCGUCUCAAGUCGGCUUAUCUCUCCCAAGACUUGAAAACUGCCAUGUCCGUUUUGCCACAAGCUCGCCAAAAUGACUAUGUUAAGACUGCUAAUGAGUUGGUCGAUAACAUGGCCGAGUUGGAUUAUUACAUUCGCACACCCAAGGUGUAUGAGUCAUAUUUGUAUUACGAAAAGACACUCAAAUCCAUGGAUGAUCUGGUGGCCAUACUGGCAUAGCUUCAGAUAUUAGCACUUAGGAGUCAUCAAAGGGAGGCCUCAUCUUCCAUAAAAAAUUAGUCUUUUAUUACAAAUACAUAUGUAAAAUUUGUUUAUUGGACACUAAUAAUAUGCCUAAAAUCUUUUAAUCUUA